AUGUCGUGCAGCGUUGAGGUCGUCACAACGCCUACAGCUGAUACGCCGGGAACGACGCUGGUUCUGCGGACGGCAAGCAAGCACUAUGUUUUCGGCAACCUGGCAGAGGGCACCCAGCGGGCGAUGGUGCAGCAGGGCACACGUCUGCUGAAGGCGCAAGAUUUCUUCAUGACAGGCAGGACAGAGUGGAAGAAUAUGGGUGGAUUGAUUGGCAUGAUGCUCACAUUGGCCGACUCGACCACCAGCUCUUACACCACCGCCAUGGAUACCUUUCGUCUGGCUCAAGAGCGGGGAAAGAAAGGCGAAGCACCCGCGAAGCCGCACUUCGACAUAUAUGGGCCACCGAAUCUGAAACAUACACUGGCAACGUGUCGGAGGUUCAUAUUCAGGAAGGGCAUACCCAUCAAUGCGACCGAGUACGUGAAGCAGUCACCCGAGAAGGACGGCAAUGGCGCUAUAGUCCCGACGUGGGAGGACGACAAUAUCAAAGUUUGGGCUCUCUCAGUAGCGCCUGUCAACUCUGAAGUCGAUGCGCAAGCGGAGGCUGAUUUGGAGGCGCGGCGACGGUAUUUCGAUGAACACGAGAAUACAUUUGACGGACUCCAGGCUCCCGAAAAUGAGAGCCCGGAAGACCGCGAGUUGAGGUACGACCGGAUACGGACAGCGACCAUCAAGUACAUGUUCGAUUCGAAUUGGAAGAUGGAUACACUGGCAGAACGCCACAUUUCUGAGGUACAAGUGCCUGCUCAAAUAUUCAUUCGUAACCCCGAUACACACGGCUUCUCGGCCUACCAAGGGCCGAUGCCAGGGGGCAAAGAGCCUCUUCCUGACAUUAAAGUCUGGACCAGGACGCCGUGGCCUGGCGCUAUGAUUCUGGCGCUACCACCGACUAGGCCAGCACCAGAGUGUGUUUCGUACAUCGUGCGGUCGCAUUCAGCUCGUGGUCAAUUCGACGUCGCACGCGCGAAAGCGCUAGGUGUCAAACCAGGACCGGAUUUCGGAAAGCUUACCAAUGGCAUAUCGGUACCGAACGCGGACGGCGAGAUGAUUACCCCAGAUCAGGUCAUGGGCGCUGAUAGGCCCGGUCAGGGUAUCGCCAUCUUGGACAUCCCCUCAGUUGAAUACAUUGAAAGCACUCUUCAACGAGAAGAGCUUAGCUCUCCAGAGGUUAUGACUGGCAUUCGAGCUAUCGUUUGGAUGCUUGGUCCAGGCGUCGCAGGUCACCCAGAUCUACUCAAUUUCAUGAACAAGAUUCACAACGUAGAACACGUAAUAUCCUCUCUAGAUACUGCGCCGAAUCGCAUCGCGCACGACUCGGUAGCAGGACAAGCUACGCGACUUGGGCAGAUUGAUCCGUCAAGAUAUCGCACACCCGUUUUCGAUAACACUACUGUACCGCAAACAAGUAUAUACAGGACUGGCAUGUCGACAGCACCGCCGUUGCCCUCCGGAGCCAUCCGCGCUGACCGAGGCUUUGGCUUUAAUCUCAUGCCACAGUUUGCCACAAAGAAAAACACUAUAUCUAGUCUCUUCGUACCCGAUGAAGUGGCACUUACAACGCCGCCUGAGGUUCUCGAAUUGGCUCAAAAGGCUCAAGCGGAGGUCAAAAGCAAAAGCAGAGAGAUGCAGAUAUGGAGUUCUGCCCUUCCGUCCAAGUACCGUAACGUAUCUUCCACAUUGGUGCGUGUUCCUGGCAUCGGCAACUACCUCUUAGAUUGCGGGGAGAACACAUUGGGUCAGCUUUCAAGAGUCUUUUCCCACGAAGAGCUCGUCGAUAUCUUCAAGAACCUGCGUAUGAUCUGGAUCAGUCACUUGCAUGCCGAUCACCACCUAGGCACAGCAUCAGUAAUUCGUGCUUGGUACCAAGUAGCACACAAUGCUGUUCCAAACCCCCAGCCCCUGGACCCUUCCGCGAGCAACAUAGAUCCUAGCGCAUACGGUCUUGCUGUCGUAUCCCACAGUGGUAUGCUCCAAUGGCUUAACGAAUACUCAGCCAUCGAGGACUUUGGCUACAGUCGAAUUCUUCCUCUUCAGAUCACUCCCAACGAAUACCAGAAUGGCUCGAGGUUGUCUAUACUGAAUUCGUUCGGAAAGACACUAUCUGAGAACGCGGCCAUACCGAAAAAACAGUAUGAGAAACUGUUUGGUUUCAACGAAAUACAAGCUUCCAGAGUAGCGCAUUGCCACGGUGCCAUGGCUGUUUCGAUUACAUUCCCACGUGAUCCAGCAGACCUCGAACAAAUCAAGCCACUCAAGGUCAGCUACUCAGGCGAUUGCAGACCAAGCGGCCACUUCGCCAAGAUCGGAGCAGACACCACAGUCCUCAUCCACGAAGCAACUUUCGACGAUGAACUACAGGGCGACGCGAAGGCCAAGAAACACUCCACCACCUCCGAAGCACUUGGUAUCGGCGCGGCGAUGAACGCGAAAUCAGUAGUCCUCACGCAUUUCAGCCAGCGCUACCAGAAAAUCCCCGUCCUUCAAACCGUCACGGAUGGCGAGGAAGCAGACCCACUACUCAACCCCCAAGAAGUCGCCGAAGACGUGUCCAUGGAAGAUAACGACGCGGAAGUCGACCCCACAACCGAAAACGCAGACAACAUGGACAUGCACCCCUCCAUCCCCUCUUCCACCGCCGCCCCCGCUCCCGGUCCCGCAAAACCCAUACCCUCUCUCCCCAAGGAAACUUCAUCCUCGCUCCAAGAAAACGCCCGCGUCAUCAAGGUGCGCAACAAGGAUAUGAAGGUCGCCAUUGCAUUCGACUACAUGCGCGUGAAGAUUGGCGAGAUAUGCGAGAUGGAGAACUUUAAUGAUGCGUUGAAUGAGUUGCUGGUUAAGGAUGAGGAUACGGAUGCGGCGUUGGAGCCGGCUGCGAAUGGGAAGGGGAAUGGGAAGAGGGCGAGUGAGGAUGAUGGGGAGGGGAAGGGGGGGAAAGGGAAGAAGGCGAAGAAGGGGAAGGAGAAGAGUAAGAGGAAUAACUGA